AUGACGAAGAUAGAGCUUUUGGUCUUGAUUGCUGCUGCAGCUUUGGCGUGUUCAAGCGAAGUAGAGGAAAACGAUCAGAAAAAGAGAGGGGCUGGUAAAACGACAAGCCUCAAUGCAAUACCAACUGGAGCACAAAAGCCCGACUAUACUUACAACAUAUAUUCCCAAAAUCCUAGUUCACAAUCCAACCAGCCCCCGACUUAUCAAUCACAAAUACCGAACUCUUUUUACCCGAGUCAAAGCUCACAAUACUACGCUCCCAAUAUACAAGCAGACCAAUCAACGUAUCCUCAACAGCCCCACGUCAAUUUGAUACCACCGACUACUUCUUCGCAGUUUGUACCGAUAAAUUUUAUUCCAAGCCCCGGUUAUCAGUCUAAAUAUCAAGUGGUGCCCGCAAAAUCAGCCAAUGGGAAUAUACAACUGACUCUUUUACAACCACCUAAUUAUCAAUCUCCAAUUCUGCAGUAUCCCCAAACUUUAUUACAGCCAGGUCCGGCCAAUCAGUAUCAUGCACAACAGAGUCUGUUGGCUCCGAUAUCGCAAGGGCAAUUUAAUGUACAGCCCAGCUAUCAACCUCUAUCAUUAGGUGGUUCUUAUUUAGGACAGCCAUCGACAAUGCUGCUUGUUGCUCAGCCGAAUCCGUAUAGCGGGUACAACAAUCCGCUUUAUCCAAAUCCUCUACAGAGUAUUUACAAUUAUUACACUCCAAAUACUCAAGCUAAAUACGGUUCAUACACUUCAUCGUCAGUGCAGUCCACUGAGUAUGAUAAAGUACCAGGUGCUACUCAAAGUAUUUCAAAAGAAGACAACGAUAUCGCAUCGCAUAACACUGAGUACACAUCAGCAAGUGACUCCGGUUAUAAGAACCCGUAUUCAACAAGCCGAGGUUCGUCAUACACAAAACUAAAAUGA